GUGACAAAACACAAUCCACUUCUCAUCAGUUUCCUGAUGAAUCCAAAUCAGAAAUGCUCUCAUGAUAGCCAACGCAAAAAAGCGUGUCUCGGACAGUAACGGUCUACGCAAGUAACAACUGAGGAUUAGCGCUUCAACCCAGUGGAGAGGAUAGGCUAAAACUGCCAAAAAGGUAGGAUCCUCGGUACUUUAUGCAUCUUUUAGCGUUAAUAGGUCAAAAUUUGCCAACAUCACUUACCAUGAAUUGAAGGUCAUUCGUUUUUUGGUCAAAUCAGUUUAUGAAUAAAAAUAGUUAUCAAUUUGACACCUUGAGGUCUUGGCAGAUAAACUGAAGCGCAUGAGGCUGUAGUUUAUUGUUUCGGUGUUAUUGGGAGCUCAAUGGCGGUCAUCACAGAACUCGCGCGACUCUGUAUCGCGUUGGUUGUUCCCAGCUACCUUGUGCAUGGGCAAUUUGUACUUCGAACUUCAAGUUAACGUUUAUCAAUUACAUUUACAAUUAACAAUUAGCUUCAGCUGUAGCUUGUCAACUGACAAUGGUAAGUUUAGAAUUUGUUAAGCACUUGUACGUUUUAAUAGUGUGGGUCACUAAUUUUUAAUAUGGCCCAUAUAAUUUAUUUAACAUUAACCUGCCAGAGCAGUCAGUGACGGAAAUAUUUUGCUGCCCGAUCUGAUACAAUCCUGUUCAAAAAUUCUGUUAAACCAGAAGUUUGUGAAGCGUAUUUGUCAAAUGUAUCUCUCACGUGAACUACUCAUGCAGUGUAUAGAAACAGAGAAUGCACAUUUCCGUGAUAGUGAGUUGAAGAGUAUCAAGGUCCGGCAUCUUUCAUGUAAUUAGUGGCAUUAUAUUACGUAAGAAUUAUCAUUACGUAAUAAUAGAUAUCCUUUCUUUUCCUUCCUCCUGUCCGUUCUUUUCUUCUUUGGAGCCUCCCUUCACGAAAGUAGUACUAAUUUCCUCGGGCUUUUCGGCAUCGAACUAUUCUACUUUCAAAACAUCUUGAUUGUCACAAAGCCUAGCUGAAUAACGAAAGACGUGGGUUAGAGAAACUAUUUUUUUGAACAUAUCACGUUCGAAGAUAGCCUGCGAAAACAUCCAUUUCUCUUCGCUCUUCGCCGCAGGGAACGUUUCGCACGGCGAAGAGCGAGGAGAACCGGAUGUUUUCGCAAGCUAGUUCGAAGUUCGCUUAGCUUAUUAACCAGUAACCUUGGGGUUCGAAAACCCAGGUAGCCUAGAUAGCUCAAAGAUCGCUCUCUUUGCAACGAAAAACAAAGAAAAACCGUUAAACAACAAUUUCAACGUUCUCACACAGUACAAAUGACACUUCGGUCGUUUUAAAGCCAACAUGCCUUAUAGUUCAGUACUCUCUAUAGAAAUUUAGUUCUGCCCUGCCUAUUUGUGAAACAAAAACGACCACAAGGGCUAGAGUAUAUCUUAAUGCUUUAAGCCCUGUAAGUGGUACCAAUCCAAUCGACAAUUUUUACCCCCUAGGAGCACCCCCAGUCUUCUUAUAGGGCAGUAUCACCCCCACCCCCACCCCAGGAGUCGCGAUCUCCGGAAGAUGUUAGAACCUUCACAUGAGAAAUCAAGAGCCGAGGACGAGUGAUUUACAAGCUCUUCGAACGUUUUUCGUUCUUCUACUUUUAUAUAUUACCAAUUGUGUACAAUGAUCUGUAAUUUUCUAUCAGUUUACGUAUAUAACAAACAAUAGGCUUAUAGAACACGCGAAGUACCUCAGUUAGUUUAGAAAAACCAAAAUAUAUUCAUUGACUCUCUAAAACAACAAACAUGACAGUCUUUGUUUACCUUAGCCAAGACAAACUUUCUAACUAAGCUGUACUGACUACAAACGAACAAGUUGCCUAGUGCUAAGAUCCCAAUAUUGUUUGCGUGUUUUAUUUUCCUCCUUGGAAUAAGUACUGUAUUUUUUUUUCUCAAUUUGCGCGUUAUUUGUUCUUUAUAUCCGGGGGGAACUCCCUGAUAUAAGUCAUGAAAUAGGAUCAGCAUCUGGAGAACCGGGCGGUACACCCCCAACAGGAGUUCGCAGGAGUACCUACCCCCCCCCCCCCCCCCCCCCCCCCCCCACCCCCCCACCCCACACCGUUUGUUUAUUUUUUCUUGUGGUCCUCUCUCUUUUUUUUUUGUUUUUUUUUUUUUUUUUUUCAUUUUUUUUAUUUUUUUAUAAAAAAAAAAAUAAAUUUUGGGAAGGAAGGUUUUUUUUUUUUUUUUCUCCAAACAAAAAAAAAUGCAAAAAGGGUGUUGGCAUUCCCCCUUACCCUUUUACACAACAAGAUGGGUCAAGGGUCAAAAAAUGGGGUAAUUCAAAUGUUGCCGCCUUAAAGAUGUUUUUUUUUAUUUAUUCUCCCUGUAAAUAAUUUUUUUUUUUUUUUUUCUCAAUUUCGGCGUUUUUUUUUUUUUUUUCCCGGGGGAAACCCCCGAUAAAAAAACUAAAAAAAGGAUAGCACCCGGGGAACCCGGGGGGAACCCCCCCAAAGGAGUUCCCAGGAGGUACCCCCCCCCCCCCCCCCCCCCCGGGCUUUACAUGCUCCACAAUCUGACAGGUUUCUAACUAUGCUAGUGCUACUAUCCUAUUAUUGCUUGCGUGUUUUGUUCGUGUCUUGCAAAUAUUUUUCUCCGUGGUGUCAGUUUUUUCCCUCACUCAGUACGUGUUCUUUAAUUUGUUCUUAUGCUUGGCAAUCUGACAGGUUGAAAAUUAAUUACUUUCUAAUUGCACGAUGAUCAAAUAUUUUGAUCCCUUUUGGCAGUUCGUAGAUGUGUUUAAAAACGCUGACAUGUUAAAUUCUGCAAGCAGAAUACUGCAAUGCUGAUCGUAAUACGUGAAAAUUAACUCUGCAAGACAUCAACACGACACCGAAAGAACUCAAAACAGAGCGGGAUUGUAGCCAUAGACAGCUGUUUCGCUCUCUUUGUCUUUAGAGAUCCUACGUUCUUCGGCAUAUUCGUUUGCGGUCCUUUGCAGUCCCUUGUGGUUUUAAAUGUUUGUACUUUAAAAACGCUAUUCAAGACUAAAAAUAGAAAAAUGUGCUGAAACUAGUUCCAUUAGAAAGGGACUAUUAACAGAUGAUGUGGGGUUAAUCGUCUUACUGAUUAAGUAUACUCAGCUUAUCUGUGACUAAUGAAACUGAUCCUACAAACUGGGGCUUUUUUUUCGCGCCUAGGUGAAAAGGAGUGGCUAGUUCAAUUAAAAAAAGUCUUUACCAUAAAGCAAAUCAUCUACUUGUUUAUUGCGCUAUUCACACCGACUAAGCAUGUUUAAUAAAACCCGGUUUUGAAAAAUAAAGCAGACAUGUGAAACUGGAACACAGGUUUUUAAACAGGAUUCAAAUGAAAUUCAAGGUGUUUUGUAAUUGCACUAAAUUUGCAAUCGUAGUAAGCAGGUUUUAUUAUGAAGGAAACAAUUUUAAACCGUGUUUACUAAACAGCCAAAAAGUGGAACUAAAAAGUAACCUAGCGAACCCCGAUCGUCUUUGUCGCAUGGCUUCAAUCGCUACCCGGCUUCCCCUGACGAAUCAUCACGAUCGCUGAACGUACCAGUCGCAGUAUAAUUAUAGUAAAACAGCGAUCACAUUCAAAGUAUAAACCUUUAAUUUAAAGUGGGUUCCGCCUCUAUGCAAUUUUAUUAAUUCUACAAUUUUCUUUUCACGAGAGUCACGUAAAAAUUUCAAGUUCCUCGAGGAAGAUAUGAAGAAUUUGUUUUUAGUAGAAUGGUUGUACUACAUCAGUACUCCCAUCAGAGCUUACUCAAAAGUUAAAAGUACUCAUAAGUAAUUUUCCAGAGACUGAAAAGGGACAACGUAGCUUAUCUCAGUUGGUGUACGUGCGUUGUAGCUGCCAAGUUUACCACACUUAACUAAACAGCAACUUAACCUUAAUCUGAUGAAAAACACCGACUCCCUUCCAUGCUUACAUGACUGCGUGUAUGUAUGAUAAAAAGGAUUAAUUUAGACACAAAUUUAGAUUUAAUUGAGAACGUGUGUACAAGCAACUUUAUUAUCCUAGCCUCUGUAAACAUAUCUCGAGACAUGAAUGUAUUAUAUGGGAAAUUUGUGGGAUGCUAUAUAUGUAGCUCAUAAUCUCGUUAAUGAACAAACGUAGGAGCCGCGAAAGCUGGUAAAACGCACUAAAUAGACAUAAUUUGACAAGACUGACAUUCCCGAAAAUCAGUUACGGUGCCAGGACUGCCGCGGUUUUCUCCUUCAAUUUAAACCCAGUCAGGUAACUAAAAACCAACUUUAGUCACUGUAUCUACUGUUAAUAUACACUGCCGAUUAACACAGGGCGUGGGUACAGGACAUUAACCUCGUUACAACUGGAUUCUCGUGAUGCCAAGAGGGGCACUACCUUUUUGCCACCCGACUUUGGAAGUUUUGUUUUUACACACUACGACACAAACCUGUAAAUAGCAUAGUUUUAUCUCCUCUAUCUGCAAAUGAAAGCAGGGAUGCUUUCAAGUUAAUGUACCGUUUCAUUUGGUCAAUGUAUGGAUUCUCUUUUGAUUUCAAGUGAAGCCAUAAGAAGACUUCCAGUCCCAACUGGUCCAUACAGGUACAACCUUCCGUCAGUUAGUAUAAAAAAGCGGGCGCUUGAGUAAACAUCUUUUUCCCUGGGUUAAAAACCUAGUUUCUUCAUGUGGAAGAACACAACUCUUAGCGAAAUCAUUUCCCUUACAACUUUUACCUCACGAGAUAAGUAAAAUACUCCGGCAUUCAAGAUUUCCUUGAUAUCGGUAAACUAGUAUCUUAUAUACCUUAUUUUUCAUUUCCAUACGUAAAUACAAAUUAUAAUGGUAUGGUCGUGCAAUUAUUGAAAAACAAACUUGCACAAGCUCGCCACAAUCACUGGCAAAUCAUAGCAUCUCUCUGAAUCAUUUAUUUUUCACUCGGUCGAGAACAACCCAAUAUGGGUUUUUGUGGUUGGAUUGAUCUUCGCACAAAGUUUUAUGGAUCUUUGCCGAUACUGGAUUCUCUCAGAAACUAGGACUAUCGUGUUAAUAAAGAAAAAUUCUUCAAUGUCGUUUUGUCGUCUUUGAACUCAGUGAAAAGUAUCUCUUUACAUUCAUUUAGAUCCAGAGAAAAAAAUUGUUAGAUUAAAAUCAGCCUCCCGCCCUUUAGCAGCAGAGCACGAGUCCUAGAGAGACACUAGAUUUAUAAACCUUUCAAGUUGACCCCUCACUGCUGAUAAACGUUUGCAAUUGGCGGGAGGAACGAUUUGACAAAAUCUAUUUGUGGGUUACCAAGCCACCCUGACAUCAAACGAAAGAUUGAAGGAAAAGAAGGAAAGACGUCAAAAAAUCUCAGGACAAAUUUUUAGAAAACAGAUAAAUUACACACCCAGAGGCAAAAAUAUUUCAUAUGAUAGUCCGUGAGAUUUCCAGGUAAUUGAAAACCCCCUUUAUGGGCUAAUGAUUGAGCUGUUUUUUAACUUACAAACUGUUUUACACUUUGCGAAUUGGCCAUCGCCUUCUAUCGCUUUAAACUCAAAGUUAUAUGUAGUGACUAAGCAAUUUUUGUAUCCAAAUGUUUUAUUAUAAUCACUAUAAUCUGCCUACAAUGUCAGGCUCCUUCAAAGGGUCAACUUAUCUUAAAUACUGUUCUCCCCUACUAUUUCAAAGGCCGAGUACCUGUUUAUUCACAUCAAUACAGGCAUAACAGUUGACGAUAAAAAAAUGUUCAUUUUUUAAAUAGGUUGUCAUCAUCCGCGUUUCCUUGACAACGUGUCGAUUUUUCAAUACGCCUCAAGUGCUUUUUGACUGACAAAGCUUGACAUCCAUUCAACCUGCAGAUACAAGACGCUAAAAAAACCUAAAGCCAAAGUGACUUGAAAGGCAAACAGCAAGUCCAGGCAUUACAGGGGAAAUCAGCAAGAGAAAAGACUAUUCUGAUGUCUCGCAUGAGUGGUCGUGUUUGGCCGGAGCAACUUGUGUCGACGAACGAUGUCGAGAAUGGACUUCCAGACUCCUCUACGUUACGUCACGAAAAAGAAGAGGACAACUUUAAUAUCGAUGACAUGCAAGUAGUCUACGACGAUCACGAAAUUGCGAGUGAAUCUCAAGAGGCCCUGGAUGAUGAUCCUGAAGAGCAGACAGUAGAUUCGAUCAACCAAUUCCAUAAUGGAAAUAUAGAUCAUCCGGGGAGUCACACUCCAAAGCAUCUACGGUGGAGCACAGAUGAAGCCAUCGCAUCCUCAAAGCGAUCUCAUGCCUGUGACCGGGUCAUAUUGCUAGCUGUAUGUUCCAUGUCUGCGGUUUCAAUAGUGCUGACUCUGCUGAUGUUUUUUGGUGUGGUUGAGCCUUUCAAGUGCGCUUGCUCCGGGAAAACAGGUAUUUCGAAAAAAUAUUUUUCGUUAAAACACGCUGGUAUUAAAAUAUAAUCUGGCAUUCUUAAAAUUUUGGGGACAGUGCAUUCUACAUAAGGUUCUGAUUAAUUUAUCUGGGAAUGCAAGCUGGCCUAUUCUGUUCAAUAUACAGUGUGGCACGAAAUUUUUGCUGGGGUUUAUUUUUUCGGAUUGGCGAUUUUUUGUGUUUUGCGGGAGCUAAUUUUUGCGAUUAGGACAAAUUGUUUUUUCUUGCUGGGAAUUAAUUUUUGCGAUCAGUUCAUAAAGUACCCAGUACCCAGUAAUUAAACCAGUAAUUCAUUGUAUACCGUUUUUAUUUCUGAAUGAAAGAGGCAAGUUGCAAUUUACAGAUACGAUUUCUUAGUACUGUAUUUUUGUGAAGCGAAUUUAUGUUUGAGAAUAUUUACUCUGGAGUAAAUUUUGCGGAAAAAUGUCUGCUGUAGUUUUUAUUUGCGCGAACUUAUUUUUGCAGAUCGCUGGAAAAAUCGCAAAAAUCGGAAAAAUUAGAAUCCGCCAAAAUGUCGUGCCACACGGUAGGCUGUGCCUUAAAUUUGAGUCCCUUUGAUGUCCUUGAUGACGCAGAAAUUAACAAAAAGGAAAUAACAUGUGGCAAUAAUAUUGAGAAAAGUUUAUGUAAUUUAACCAUUUUCCUAAAAAAGGUACCUUUCUCAGUAGCAACUUUUGCUCUUAAACAGAUAACGGAUCCCUUGAACACCAAUUACCCUAAAAAGUAAAUAGUUAAUCCACGUAGGGGUAUUAUUGUUAAUUUUUGAACUCAUUAACGUACAUAAAUAAUUAAGUUAGCACAUUAUAAAACCAUCAAUUUGUUUAACUUUUGCAGUAUUGAGUUUUUUUGUUUACUGUAAAGGAGAAGGUAUCGUUUUAGAGGUACCCACACAUUGAACAUAUCACGUCAAUAUAAAAUUAUUUGGACCAUGGAAUGUCAUGGCCUUUCAUGGUUGUUGGGUACAGUCCUGCUGACCCUAAGAACACAUUUUGUUUACUUUAUAUGACAUAAAUCUGCUCUCACACGUAAGGUUUAGUUAAACCCCCCGAGAAGGUAAUGAUAACUUCUUUUGUCUGUUUCAUACGAAAGACGAUUAGCCAUUUUCGGCACUGAGUGCGCAAUCCAAGGGUUCACCGUAUUUUGAUACCUUUAAAACAUACUGUGAGUUGAGUUCGGUUUACUUAUUACAGGGAAAUAGAUUAUAUGUCGACAGCUGAGCGUUAUAAAAUUUGUGUCUCACUUUUACUCGAAAAGUGGAAAAGAAAGCUUUAAUUAGCUGCUCUUUUUUGGUAUAAAAAAAACUGGGUCAAAGUGAAAAAACUCUAUCGAUAAUGGGUAGGAAAAGGAUGAAGUCAUGAAUGCUCACUAGAAAAUUCUUCUUAAAUCAGUUAUUUACCCCCGGCUUGCACGGAAAAUAUUUUCGGAACUUGAGUAAACAUAUCUUUUUAUUGCAUUCCUUAAAUACAAUACAGAACACUGACAAUGCUUCUUCUUUCACAUGCAAAGUUGGGAUCCUGAAUAUCGGCCAAAGUGAACUAUAAUUUCACUUAAUUGGUAACCCUUGGGAAUUGGUUGAUCUCAGUUUUCCUUCCAAGGAAGAUGCCUUUGCUGUAGGAUUACGUCGUUUUUUUAUAAGCAUUUUGAAAUAGAAAAACUGCGUUUUAUGUACAUUUUAAAGAUUCAAAAAAUUCACCAAAAUUGUACGCGGGCUAAAUAUAGACUCUGUGCCUGCUUGACUCCAGUGACAUAAGACGGAACAAACAGCUAAAUAAACAUACAUUCGUCUACAUUGUAACUUCGCAUUCAUGACAUUGGCCUUGAUUUAGCCUGCGUAGCAAGCAUGUCGAGAAAGUGGGACCUUCCCCUCCCCAGUCGAUCUCUCUUUUCGUUUGCUCUAGCUCCAAAUUUCUUGCAAUAACUCGAUUGGAAACGCUUGCAACGCAUGCGCAGGCUAGCCUUGGUUCUCCUGCCGUUGUCUUUUCAAGUAUAGCUCAUCUCCACCGAUACAAUGAAAAAAAAGGCAACGGCUGCAAGUGACACUCACGCGAAACAUUUUGCUUCAAUGGGAUAAACAUCCCAUUAUUGUGUUAUUCUUACCCUGCGAGCACAGGUUUUUUUCUAGGGCAUGGCUUUUAGCAUUUGUAAGGUCGUUCGCGUGGCUUGUCAGUGGCGUAGAUGGUUUGUUUACGCGACUUACUGAAGAAGAAGGAAGGAACAUCUGCUCACACGGUAGUAAGCACUCAGAUACAAAGGAGGUAGAUAGUUGAGUUAUCACGUUACAUUGAGACAAUAAUAAAUUUAAUGGGAAACUUAACAUUUUUUGGCGUCAAUCAUCAGAGCGUUUUCACUCACGUGGUCAGCAGCUGUGCAAAUAUAUUGGAACAAAAGAAAGCUUUUUAAUACAAAAGAUAAAUGUUCAACCCUCAGAGGACUGGUUUGGAACACCAACAUGGCCGCCGUUUAAUUGUUUUGGAACACCAAUAUGGAGGACGUCACGCCACGUGAAAACGCUCUAUUCUUUCUAAUUUUAAAUAGAAGCAUUUAUUUAUCAAAUUGGAUACGAAUAGCAAUUUUUGCUUUUAAGUUUCACGAAUCCUUUUUUUUCAUCAACUUUAGAUGUUUUUGCUUUCUUUCUUUCUUUUUUUCACCAGGAAGUGAAACUUCAAGUUCAAGUACUCCCUACUUUGAAAUUUCAAAGAACAUGAAAGAUCUUAAACACAAUAUAUCUUCUUUGAAAGAUACUUCGACUGCUUCGAUGAUUGCGGUGAGUUUAUUUGAAUACAUACAGGGCUUUAAUUUUCUGUCCAUUACAGCUUUUAUAUUUAAACUACCAACUGAAUCAUACGUGCAAAGGGGGACACAUAGUUAAAUGAUUCAUUCUGGCUUGUUCGGAAUGCGAUGCCCUAGAGCCUCAAACAAUUUGCGCAAGGUUCGUCUACCUCAAUGCUGCUAAAAACGUUUUCCCUCUAUUAGUAUUCAUAGUUGCGGUGUCAACAACAUAGAAAUGUUGGACGUGUAACAGUAGGUAUAUGAUGAAAUAGGCAAAACAAGUACUUUUUUUGUUUUGUGUUGUUUCUGUGAUUUACCGUUGAUCUUUUCUUUGUGUUGUUUUGUUCCAACCUCUUGUGGAUUUUUUAACAGGUCAAAGUAGAACUAGACGAAAUGAGAAAGAAAUAUGAUGACGUUAAAGCGAAAUAUGAACAAGUGAUGAUGGAGGUAUGAAAGAAACAGUUCUCUAAAGUAUUAUGCUAUGACCUGUAUUGGAAAAACAAAACACACAAGCUAAAGAGCUCUAUUAACCAAAAGAAACUGUGCUAAUCUUUGCAGGUGGUAGGACUCAAAGGAAUGAACCUGUCUAAAGUAACCGGUGGAUCAUCGUUAGACAAGGUAUCUUUUUUUUUUAAAAUUCACAAACAAGUACAGUUUGGGUGUGGUUAUUGCAUACCUUAAAGAAAAAUUUAAUUUCAGGUAAAUAACUACAGCUAGCGGAAAAUUAUUCAGUUACUGUUUUUGCGUGAUGAACAAGAUUACCCCCAAUGGAGACUUAAAGUGAAAUCACUCGGUAUAAAAUUAUUCAUGGUUAACAUUCUUGGAAGUGGACUAUAAAUCUAAACUUAAGCUCCAGUACGAAUAUGCACGAUGUAAGGAACUUUUGGCUCGUAGAAUCCGGAAUCCCGGAAAUUUUUAGUUGUGGAAUCCGGCAUCCGAGAAUAUUUUGCUCGUGGAAUUCGGAAUUCAACUCAAGGAAUCCAAAAUCUCACUAUAUUAACGCUUGGAAUCCAGAAUCCAAGUUCCACUGACAAAGACUGGAAUCCAGUAUCUGGUAUCCGGAAUCCUCGGCGUGGAAUCCAGAAUCUAAGAUUGUCUUGGGUUACCUAGGGCUGUUAGCCUGUUGGAUGAUAUGUGAACGGUGCAAAACAAUUAUAUCAAUUGUUCAAAGGCAUAAGUUAUGCCUUAUGCCAAAUCAAAUAAUUGAAGAUUUGUAGAGCAACUUAUUGGUGUGAAAAACCUUGACAUUGUUUUAUUAUUCACAUUUUAUGUUUUGAAUCAGGAUAAUUCAACUCUCCUGCAAGCGGAAAUUAAGAUCAUCAGGCAGGAAAUAUCACUUCUAAAUCAACAGGUAAAUGUGUAAUGUACGUGUGGUUAUCCAUUACUCAUUUUCUCCUGAUAUAACUGAAUGUUAAUCGUUUCAUUUUUAGGUGAUUAACGUAACUAAGACUCAAGGUCCCCAGGGACCUCCAGGACCUACUGGACCUGCUGGACCUGCUGGACAGCCCGGAUACAAUGGUACCCAGGGCCCUCCCGGUGUUGCAGGGCCCUCAGGAUCUUCUGGAUCGUCGGGGUCUGGUAACCUUUCACUUUGCACUUACAAAAAAGUAGACGCUACUCCUGUAUCAGCUGGGCGUAUUGCUCGAACAGACGUUGCAAUCUUAGAAGCAAAGGUAGGCCUUCAAUCCAAUUAUUUAGAAGCUUUUGAUCGUUUUCCUUGAGUGGUUUCUCAUAACCAGGCGAUGGAAAAUACCACUUUUACAUAAAAAAAGGAUUCAAUCGCCGUUUCGUUGUUUUGUUACACUAAUGUCACCAAUGCAUGACAACUACGAAAAAGAAUUAAUUAUUAAUCUCAAUAAUUGUUUCGCUGUGACGCACUAUAAGAAUAGCAAUUCUUUCGCAAAACUUUCUCAACCAUUUUGUAACUGGUUGUAGCUACGGGGUACUGGAAUUGGCUUUUUAGAGUAGAAUAUCAUUGCAACAUUCAUACCUGUCCCUUUGGCACUGCGGCGACGUUGCAAUAUAUAUUCACAUAACUUUGAUUUGCUCGAAAUUUUUAUCCCCAGGGCACGAAAUUACUUGGUGUCAGCUGUGAUUCAAAUGACGCAUCAAUUAUUCAACUUUCAAGUGGCGUUCGCCAGGGUCUCAAGACGUAUGCAUGUGAUUGUAAAAAUACUGUAAGCUCAGGAGCCGGUACCAUGGAGUGUUACCUUCACUACUGGGAAUGUCCCACCUGAAAUGCAAAAAGCUUAAGCUUGCUGUUCAGUUCAUAGUCAGGCCUAGCCCAUAAGCCACAGCGAGGACCUCUUCUGAAGAGUGUACGUUGUAAAACUGAACAAUGCUUCUUCAGAAGUGCUCGUCAGAUUACUUGAUAAAAAAACUCGACGCGCGGAAAAGAGUCAAAUGUCGGCUUAAAGGAAGGACUUCAUAAUCAUGUC